UUACUUGUCAAACCAUUGAGGUUAUAGGAAAUGGCACCGCCUCCCUUUUUGUGUUAGAAAAAACUUUAUUAUCAAAUAAAUAAUUAUUUUUUACACCAUGGAGCCCACAAAAGAACCGACUUUAAGUUUAUUUAGCUCGAAGGAGUUUGAUGCGGGAAAAUAUGUUAGGGAAUUGUCUCAAAGUUGUGUGGGGGGCCCCGAAUUGCGACGCCUCCGUAAAAGAAUUCAGUCACUGUCUGAGGACACCAACAACAAUUUGAAGCAAAAUGUGUACCGCAAUUACACCCAGUUUAUUGACACUGCUAAAGAAAUAUCUCACUUGGAGAGUGAAAUGUAUCAAUUGUCACACCUUUUAUCUGAACAAAAAUCCUUAUUAGGUGCCUUAUCAACAACUUCGAUUUUGGGCGAAGAAACUCCAGUUAUCACAGAAAUGGAAAAUAGGGACAAUCCCAAAGACCAAGGUGACGAAAACCGACAGAAAUUAGCCUCAAUUUUAGAAAAAGUUGAGGGUUGUAAGGAAUUGUUGGAAGUCCCUGGAAGGACUUAUUUACACGAAGGGGAUCUUUUAGAAGUUGACCCUCUCGAUAAUCACAUCAUCAAAACGGUCCAUGCUUAUUUAUUUACAGACGGCUUUAUGACUACUUGCAGAAAUAAUAAUAGCCGGGGUUUAAUGAAAUAUGUUUUUGAGGUAAUGUACGAGUUAGGUAGUCUCGCGGUAGUAAAUGUGCGGGAAAUUGGUAACAACAAACACCAAUUCAAACUAUUGAUUUUUCCCGACACUCGUGUUUUCCAAUGCACUUCUGGCUCAAAUAAGAAAGAGUGGUUGGAUAAGUUCGACCAGGCCAAAAAAGCCCGUCUCACCCAAGACCAACAAAAACGCGAAUCAAUCGUGGAAAAAUCGCCGUCUCGGUCCGCCUCAAUCGAUUCCCCUAGCCUCAACCCUUUUGAGGAAAUUGAGGACGAGGUCGGGACAGUACACCCGGACUGGUUUCUGGAAAUCCCCGAAGAGUUAGACGUUUGCGUUGCCCAAAGACACUUUGAGGACGCUCUAACUUUCCUCCAAAAAUCGAAAGACUACAUCACGCAAUUUGUUGCCACUAGUGGCCAACCGGACCACGUGAUCCUCGACAUCCAAUUAAAAGUCGAGCAAAGGCGUAACCACUUAACCGAAGUUCUGAUGAAAGAACUGGAAGUUAAUCCAGACAAGUCACAACAAGGGGGCUUGCGGGCCGCCCGCCGGGCCGUGAGACUCCUCAACCAGUUGGGGCGCUCCACAGCCGCGUGUAAUUUAUUCCUGAAGUUGUGCAGCAACAUGCUCAAAACGCAGUGUAAACGAGUGAAGCGUGAAUGCUCCACGGUCAUGUACGUGAGGCAUUUGUCGAGUGUCGUUUUUACGAAUAUGUGUCACAUGACUGAGGAGUUCCUCAGGGCUUUUCCCAGCUCGUCCAGCUGUUCGUCAGCAUACGUGGUGUGGGCCAGUAACGAGCUGUCCGUAUUCACGACUCAUUUCAUAAAACAGGUGUUUAUGCCGCAAACUUCGCUCUCUACUUUAACAGAAUGUGUGGUUUUGGCCCGCUCACAGUGCGAACGAUUGUGUUCUUUUGGCGUUGAUUUGUGUUACCAGCUAGAUGGCGCUUUGCGCACUUCCCUAAUGCAGGCCUUGAAGGACGCCCGUGACAAGUCGAUAGAAGUCGCAAAACUUCGGGCUCUUGAAGAUAAAUGGAUUCCUAUGAAUCUUCGAACAAAGACAGCUUUGGCCCGAUUUUUGCAGGAAUAUUCCGAUUUGGGGCUCAAAGUGGACAGUUACGUCACUGGCGAUACGUGGAUCCAACUUACAAACAAUACGCUUGUUUUUACCAAACUGUUUUUAAUUCUUUUGAAUGAUUGUUUACGACUUGAAACAACCGAACUGCUUUAUACGAUAAACGACGUUCUUUAUGACGUUUUUGAGGCGCAAGUGCGACACAUUGAAGCCUCCUUGCGUAAUGAAAAUCAAUUAGAGCAAAGGAAAUUCAUUACGAAAAAUGCCGAAUUUCUCCUGACUACUGUUCAAGACUUAAGCCAGAAAAAAUACAAAGAAGCGAUCGGUUUCGAAUGCGCUUCACUACAAAAACUUCAAAAGGAAUACUCAGCACUGACUAAAGGAGUCUCACCAACGAGUAGGAACACAAAAACAAAGUAUUCAUCAGAGUUUUUAUAAUGUGGUAAAUGUUACAAUAAAUAUUGCCUAAUAAAUACAAUUAACUAUUCA